GUAACGGAGACCCGGACAGGCCCUCUCGGAUGCAGUAACUAUGACAACCUUGAUUCUGUCAGCUCUGUUCUUGUUCAGAGUCCGGAAAACAAAGUCCACUUGCAAGGUCUGUUUUUUUUGGGGGGGGGUUACGUAUUCCCAUAAUGUAAAUCCUGUACACCAUUGUCACACUCUAUACCAGUGCUUUGGAAUCAACCACAAAAAAAAGCUAAAAAAAAAUACGAAAAUGUGAAAUAUGGUUUAUAGCACUUCCUAUCAUAAAGUCUCCUACAAUAGUAUCUUCAAAGAGAUCCACACAUCCCAUGACAACGAUUGUAUAGAGUAAAAUACAGUUAUUGGUCUGCUCUUACAUUGUUAGUGUAGGAAGGCUAACAACUACACUUGAACUGCCUUGUGAUUCACUCACUAUAAAUCACAAAUUGUUGUCCUCUUAUACAGUACCAUAACAGUACACCUUAAUGGUGGUUUUAAAUCCUGGCUAUGUUGUGUUGUUUCACAGGCCUGCAGGUUAUCCUGCCAGACUACCUGCGGGACAGUUUUGUCCAGGCUGCUCUCAGCUACAUCGCCUGUAACGGGGAGGGGGGCUUCAUCUGUAAGGACAAUGACUGCUGGUGCAAGUGUGACCCCAAGUUCCCAGAAUGCAAUUGUCCCUACAUGGACAUCCAAGCCAUGGAGGACAGCCUGCAGAGGAUCACUGAGACAUGGGGGACACUUUACAAGGAGUUUGAGGACUCAGGUGAGGACAAAAGUUUUGGAACCUCUUUGAUCUUUAGAUGCUGAAACUAUUAAACUUUUACGUUGAUAUAUGAAGUGUCCAGUGCAACUCAGUCGACAUGCAACAUUUUCAAAAUGUCUUCAGCAAGCUUAGCUCUAAACUUAGUUGUUGUGCAUGCAGUUGAUAGUUUAUAAAUUAAUAUGUGGACAAUCUUUGGAUAGUUUUUGUACGGGACUAUAUGAGCUGACUAAAAGUGUUUUAUCAUAUGUCACGCAAUUAAAGGUGGAGGGCCGUUCCUCAGUGUGUACCCCAGACAUUAUGAUUUACGGUGUAAACCGUAAUGAGUUACAAUGAAACCUGGGGGACAUGGCACACGGUCUAUGUACAACAAAUCACAACCUGAUAGGAUUGGAUAAAAAAAUAAACACAUUCUUUCAUAGGUAGUUUACAAUAUGUCUCGAGCAAAUUAAUCAUCCAUGAAACAUAUUUAUUACCAGACCAGCGUUUUCACGUCGCCGUAGUAACAGCGUAUGAAUGAGAGCACUUAACAUAAUGUUGGGGUAUUAUUGCCUCUCUAGGUCACCCUGUAGUGGCCAUGAUUGCUGAGGUGAAUUCAGAAUGGAUGAGCCUUUUUUCUCUUCAAAUGUUUUUGGUGUGUGAAAUAUCUGUAAGUGCAAUUACUUUCAAAGUUGAUGUUUUAAGAGCAGGGAGGAGGGGAGAGUGCAGGCGAGUGCCAGGAAUAAAGAGUUUCUCAGGUGGGGUCGUAAACGUGUCCUUCGGUAAAGGAUAUCAAAGACGUUUCAACAUUCAGCUCUAUCAGCGGAAUGGGAUGCCAGCAGGAAGAACGUAAACCUGGAAACAUAGAACAUGGUAGUACUGGAACCAAUGACAUUGUUCUCCAUUACCCUUGAGGAAUGUGGCAACAUGCAUGAAGUGAUCGUAUGCUCUUUUUUUUUAAACAUACAGAAAAAAGGGUUCCAAAAGGGUUCUUAGGCCAUCCCCAUAGGAUAACCCUUUUUUGAAUCCAGGUAAAACCCUUUUUGGUUCCAGGUAGAACCUUUUUGGGUUCCAUGUAGAACUCUCUGUGAAAAUGGUUCUACAUGGAACCCAAAACAGUUCUACUUACGUUUCUUCUACGUUUUUUUUAAAGGGUUCUCCUAUGGGGACAGCCGAAGAACCCCUUUAGGUUCUAGAUAGCAUCUUUUCUUCUAAGAAUGUAGGACCAAACAGAAUCUGGAGGGGAAAAUCCCAAUUCCUUUAUAAUAAUACUUUUCAUAAGCAGAUUUGUUUAAUUCUUUAUUUAUUUUAAAGAUAUAAGGAAUUGCUUUAGUAAGGUCAUAUCACAAAUCAUUUUGCUACUUGAUUUUGAAUUUUAAGACCCCUUUCUGCUAGCCCAUACAAAUGCAUUAAAUAACAUAUUCACUACAUGGAACAGAUAGUCCCCCCCAAAAAAUCGAAAGGAAGCUUGUUCUGAAGUGUCUGUCCUAUAUCUGAGAGAUAUAAGAAAGAUCAGGAAACGUUUGUUAUUAUGUAUUUAUCCCCUUAUAUUUGGCACUAAACAGUCUCCAUAUAUACUUCCAUUAAUUUUUACUGGUACUGGGGGACCUUCAGACAAGUCUUGUGAGGCCUGUGGGCGUCCUAGAGCGAAACAACCGGCAUGUACAUUUUCGUGAGAGUCUCACCUUUAUUAGUGUGUAGCCCAAACUGUUCGGACACUACAGACAGAAGUUGGCAGAUAUGCUGUACCGACUUCCGACGAGUCCCAAGACGCUUCUGGGCGUCCCAAGACGGAGAACACCAUCGUUUUAUUGAGUCUUAUCUUUCCAUAGAGGGGUCAUAAUAGUUUGUAGGCCAAACCGUUUGGAUGCUACAGACGAUUUUGUGAAAAGACCGAUUUUCAGUAUAUCUCAUUGUCUGACAAACACCACUCUAGCUCUGUCACUUUGCAUCGCAGAUGCAUACGUGUUAUAUAGGCAGAUGUGGUGGAUUGAGACGCAUCCAAUGGCUUAAAUUGACGGAUUGACAUGGGGAUUUUUUUAUCAUGCUAAUUAGAUUUCUGCGGGGGGCGCAGACAUCAACCUUGGGGGGUGUUGUUAAUACCCUCAAACACCAAGUUAGGCAUAUCUCAUUUCCAAAUAGGCCAUCAUUACUGUCAAUCGUGAAUUAUAAUUAAUCACGUUUUACCAGUGAUAUGUCCAAACUGCAUGCCUGCCAAUCGUUUGACCUCAAUCAGUUCCAUGGGAAUAUGCAUUUAGAUCUUCUUGAAUUACUGUUUCGUAAGUGAAUGAAAGCAGAUGAUGUUAACAAACUAUUACCCACUGGGCAGAUACUGGUUUAAUCAACAUUGUUUCCAUGUCAUUUCAAUUAAAUUGCGUUGAACCAAAGUGGAUAGUAGUGGAUAGUAGUGGGUAGACUUUCUUGUAGGCCUAUUUUGUUUCAAUCAAAGCAUAAAUACUGCCUAAUGGUGCACGCUGUAGAGUUUUAGCCACAUGAGGAAAAAUAAAUGUGAGUAUUCAGCUUCAGAUAAGAAAUGACUGAGGUGUUUUUGGUGUAACAUAUUAUGCUGUAGGUGUCUAUGCUACAGUAUGCUAUUAUAUUCGGUAUGUAAAAUACUAAUUAAUCAUUGUGUGAUCUUCGAGACAUUUAUUCAGCUUUGAUCUAACUUUAGGCCUACAAAAUUAACACCAUUGUGAGAAGUGAUAAUCUUCCAUUUGUAAUAAUAAUCAUAAUACAUUAUGAGAAGGACUAUUAGGCGUAGGCAACAUAUCUUGAUGAGGGUUAUUUUAAGAGAUUUGAGCGCCUUCGAAUCGUGGUGCUGAAAGGACAGCGCCAUAACCAAGUGGUCACAUAUCGUUCUGGGUUCCAUUGCGCAGGAGGGGUUCUGUGGAGUUUCAUGAACAUCAGGGCAGACACGCUGUGAAUUUGGAUCCUAGAUCUUGUUGGUGUGAUGAUAAGGUGGAUGAGUUUUGUCUGCAUACGUAAUAGAGGUGGUGCAUUUCUGUAAGCUAAGCACUUGGACAGUAGGGCGAGUUCAAGUGAGUUGUACAUGAGCCCCAAGUCCAUAACAAACUGUUUUGAGGACAGAUGUUUUAGCAACCCCUGGUAGAGUUUUCUGUCUGUGGCUGUUCUUGUUAUGGCAGAUUUGACCUGCUCAAAGUGAUCAAGCCUCUGACCGACGGGCCUCUGCACACACGCCUACAGUUAUUCACCAUUUGUGCCACCAACAGAGAGAGAGGACAGGGAAGAAACCACAAUUUUCCUACCUAAAACCUGCUAUAGCCUACAUGUCUAUUUAGUUUGUCAUUCUUUUGUUUUAAUUGAAUUUUUGUGGUAUUACAUAGUAUUCAAUCACCUUUUAAUUUGUUCUCUCUUUCUGACAGAUGAGUUCAAGACCUUCCUGACGAGGCUACCGCAGAACUUCUUCCUGAACGUGACAACGAUCCAGCACCUGUGGUCGUUGGAUGGCGUGUUCCAGUGGCGCUACGAGCAGCUGGAGAACAGCAUGAGAGUGCUCUUCAGACGAGCCCAGAGAGUGGUGUUCAAGCUCUUCAGCCUCAGCAAGAGGUGUCAGAGGCAGCCUCAUAUCCGUCUACCCAGAGAACGGUGAGAGAGUCCCGGUCUGCUCCCACAUUACACCUCUUACCACUGAGCCCCAAUUACACUUUAAUCACCCAUCCAGGAAGCUGAUAGCGAUCCUCUCCAUCUCCCCAUGUGUGAGUGGGAGUAACAGGAAGCAAACCAAACAGUGUUUAUCUACGUUAUUACUGCCACUGUGAGGAAAAUGUAAAGCACUAUACUUUUUUUGUGACUAUAGACUGUGAAGAGACGGAGAGAGGGCAGCCAAAUUCUGAUCUUUAUUUCACUAAUUGGUAUUUUGACCAAUCACAUCAGCUCUGAAAAAUAUCUAAUGUGAAAAGAUCUGAUGUGAUUGGUCAAAAGACCAAUUAGUGGAAAAAAUAUCAGAAUUGGGCUACUUGUGUGAACGCAGCCUUUGUGCUCAAACUUUGACCAUUAGUCCAAAUUAUGCAGUUUUGCUUUCUGCAUGUCUAUUUCACAGUAGAAGCAAUACGUUUAACUCUCUUUGUAAAGAUUUCUAAAAAUUAUUUUCAGAAUGCAUUAAUGAUAUAUGUUUGUUUAAAUUAACUCACACAUGCAUUAUUAUUUCCUAGUAAGAGUAACUGUUACUAAGUACAAUUGUGCAGAUUUUUUAAAAACAAUAAACCAAUUAAAUUCACAUCCAUUUUCAUUCACAUAUUGUAUUGCCAUCCUAUUUUAUAUUCCAUUGUGUCUCUCUGUCUCCAUCCCAGGCCCCAGUCCUACUGGCUGAGCCACUUCCAGUCUCUCCUCUACUGUUCUGAUAACAACCAGCUGGGUUCCUUCUCUGAAGAGCUCCACAGCUGUACCUGCAGCUACGAGCACAGCCCCUGCCAGCUGUCCCCGCCAUGUGCCAUCGGAGAGGGCCCCGCCUGCGCAGCCUGCGCCCUAGACAACCACACCCGCUGUGGGAGCUGCAACCCUGGAUAUGGCCUGACCCAGGGGGCCUGCAGAACCAUGGUGGCUGACUCUACAGAAAACUACCUAGGCUUUGAGACAGACCUACAGGACCUGGAGCUGAGAUACCUGCUACAGAGGGCUGACCGUAGGCUGGAGGUAAAUAUAGUGCCUUCAGAAAUUAAUAUGUUUCUCACCCAUCUACACAAAAUAUCCCAUAAUGACAAAGUGAAAACAUGUUUUUUUUGCAAAUGUAUUGAAAAUGAAAUACAGAAAUAUCUUAUUUACAUAAGUAUUCACACCCCUGAGUCAAUACUUUGUAGAAGCACCUUUGGGAGUGAUUACAGCUGUGAGUCUUUCUGGGUAAGUCUCUAAGAGCUUUCCACACUUGGAUUGUGCAACAUUUGCCCAUUAUUGUUUUCAAAAUUCUUCAAGUUCUGUCAAAUUGGUUGUUGGUCAUUGCUAGACAGCCAUUUUCAGGACUUGUCAUAGAUUUUCAAGUAGGGUUAAGUCAAAACUGUAACUCGGCCACUCAGGAACAUUCACUGUCUUCUUGGUAAGCAACUCCAGUGUAGAUGUGGCCUUGUGUUUUAGGUUAUUGUCCUGCUGAAAGGUGAAAUCAUCUUCCAGUGUCUGGUGGAAAGCAGACUGAACCAGGUUUUCCUCUAGGAUUUUGCCUGUGCUUAUUUCUUAUCCUGAAAAACUCCCCAGUCCUUAAUGAUUACAAGCAUACCCAUAACAUGAUGCAGCCACCACUAUGCUUGAAAAUAUGGAGAGUUUUACUCAGAAAUGUGUUGUAUUGGAUUUGCCCCAAACUUAAUACUUUGUAUUCAGGACAUAAAGUAAAUUGCUUUGUCACAUUUCUUGCAGUAUUACUUUAGUGCCUUAUUGCAUAUAGGAUGCAUGUUUUGGAAUAUGUUUAUUCUGUAUGGUCUUGAGAAAGUAGAUAGACUUAUUGUUCUGACAAUUUAAACAACCAUGUAUGUCCUUCCAGGUCCAUGCCAUCUUCAUCAGUAACGACAUGCGACUGAACAGCUGGUUCGACCCGUCCUGGAGGAAGAGGAUGCUGCUGACGCUGAAGAGCAACAAGUACAAGUCCAACCUGGUCCACAUGCUGCUGGGCGUGUCUCUCCAGAUCUGCCUGACCAAGAACAGCACCCUGGAGCCCGUCCUCACCCUCUACAUCAACCCUUUCGGAGGCAGCCACUCUGAGAGCUGGUACAUCCCUGUCAGUGAGAACAGCUUCCCAGACUGGACAGCCACCAAACUGGACCUUCCCCUGGAGUGCUUCAACUGGACCCUGAUGCUGGGCAACAAGUGGAAGACCUUCUUCGAGACUAUCCACAUCUACCUGCGGAGCCGGAUAAAGACGCAGGGCGGUGGAGGCCCGGCGGGGGCAGUGAACGACAGCCUCUACUAUGAGCCAUUAGAAAUGCUGGAUUCUUCUCAGAACCUGGGCUACAUGAAGAUCAACAGCAUCCAGGUGUUUGGCUACAGUAUGCACUUUGACCCAGAAGCGAUCCGCGACCUGAUCCUGCAGCUGGACUACCCAUACACCCAGGGUUCCCAGGACACGGCCCUGCUGCAGCUGCUGGAGAUCAGGGACCGGGUCAACCGACUGUCCCCUCCAGGUCAGCAGAGACUGGACCUGUUCUCCUGUCUGCUCAGACACCGGCUCAAACUGACCGCCAGUGAGGUGGUCCGCAUACACGCCUCGCUGCAGGCCUACAGCAACCGCCUGCCCAACUCUCUGGAUUACGAGACCACCAAGCUGUGUAGUUAA